AUGGCUCCAUCGGACCUAAACAACACAAAGCGGGAUGUAUUUAGCAGAUGGCGCCCACGAUACCACCUGAUUGCUCCACGAGGUUGGCUCAAUGACCCUUGUGCCCCUUGCUACGAUGCUUCGACUGGAAAAUAUCACCUAGGCUUCCAAUGGAGUCCGGAUUCAUGGGACUGGGGUAAUAUCGCCUGGGGUGCGGCGACAUCACAAGACUUGGUGGACUGGACUGUGUCGGACACUCCAUCUAUCACACCGUCCUCUACAGAGGAUCCAGCCGGUGUAUUUACUGGUGCCAUUUCGCCUGUUAGCUUGCCCAGAGAGGAUUCGCAAAACCAUCUGACCUGCUUCUAUACGUCAGCGCAAGGCUCUAAUAUCCAUUACACGAAACCCUAUGAGAGAGGCUCGGAAGCACUUCGCGCUGCUACUUCUGUAGAUGGUGGCAUGUCCUGGCAACGACACCAGGAUUUCAUCUUACCAGGUCCGCCGCAACAUCUUUCAGUCACAGGUUGGCGAGAUCCAUAUAUGUUUCGCUGGGACCGUAUGGAUAUUGCCAGAGGAUACAAGCCAGGCUCAAAUCUGUAUGGUAUAAUUUCUGGCGGUAUACGCGACAAAUCUCCGACGAUUUUCUUGUACACUAUCGACGAAGCGGAUCCGACCAAGUGGACCUUUGUGUCUACUCUUCUGGAGCUUGGCCUGCAGUUUGCACCUACAUUGCUUGGUGGCGAUCUUGGCGUCAACUGGGAAGUAGCGAAUAUUGUGACACUCAAAGAUCAAGAUCAUGAUGAAUUUGACGUUCUCAUAGUCGGCGUGGAAGGUUGCAAAGUCACAGAGGAAGAAUGCACGGCGAUCUCAAAACCAGUGACGCGGUCUGCACGCUCUGGAAGAAGUCAGAAAUGGCUCUGCGGAGACGUGAACCAGUCCACGCAGACAGUGGAGCCGAAGAUGAAGCACCAAUUCUCUGGCGUGUUAGAUUGGGGCAUGUUCUACGCAGCCAAUUCUUUCUACGAUCCGGCGUCAGAAGUACAGGUGGUACAUGGCUGGGUCCUAGAAGAGGAUCUUGACGAUGAGCUAAGGGAAGCCCAAGGCUGGAGUGGCUUUAUUUCUCUGCCGCGCACAUUGAGUAUGCAAACGAUCAAGAGCGUAGAUCCUUGCUGCAUACCUGCUCUCAAUCAGGUGCCAGGAUUCGUAUAUCGCGAUGAUGGACACGGUGGCAUGAAUGUAUCGACGAUAUGUUGUCAACCACAUCCGCAUUUACAAGCCCUGCGCUGCGGUGAGGGUUCACACCUCAACUCUCUAGCCUCGCUGUCAGGUCUCUCUGAAGCCGGCGAUGUCCAAGAAAAGGGUAUUCAACUGCCAGGACUACCUGGCUUUGAGCUCGACAUGUCCGUGUCUCUCGAUACAGAUGUCGAGACAAUCGGGAUUGACAUUUUCCAUUCAAUCGACCGCGAGGCAUAUACACGCAUACUCCUUCAACCCUCGGAAUCACUCAUUACCAUCGACCGAUCACAAUCUCGAAGGACAGACGUAGUUGAGCCGAUCAAGUUGGAUGACGAAAUCGCCCAUCACGCUUUCCUCACGCAUCGUGAUUCAAUCACAAGUGCAACAAAGCCCGAAAACCUGGAGAUCAGGAUUUUCUUCGAUGUCAGUGUUUUUGAGGUGUUUGUGAACAGUCGCACUGUGUUGACGACUAGAGUAUAUCCGGAUUCUGGAAGAUGCUUUGGAGUUGUGCCUUUUGUGGUCGACAGCAAGAAUUCUAAAAGCCGAACGCAACUCGAGCGUUUCAGAGUUUGGGCACUGAAGCCUAGCACAUAA